AUGUUCACUGUAUUUGAAGAUGAAGAAAACCACGAUGAAAGUCAUUACCAUCAGGAAGAUGCCGGAAAUAAUCUUUUGACGGACUCGGAACAACAGACAACACGUAGUGGAGCACCGCUAGGCACAACUUUAAAUUCCCGAUCGAAUUCUUCGAAGGUUUUCAGUUCAUCAGAUGCCGAUCGUACCGAAAAUCUUCCUCCUUCUGUGAUGCAAGCACUCAAUCAAAGACGAUUAUUCCAACAGCAACAACAACAACAAAUACAAGGAAGUGGUACAAGUAGUGGUAGUAGUGGCGGAAGCACUGGAAGACCAACAAGAACCUUCGGAGCAGUUUUGUCUUCUCAAUCGGCCGAUGAAGAAUUAAAUAGCAACAACACUCUCUCUUCGGAAUCCAUUCAACAACAACAACAACAUGGCAAUGAUGAGGAAGAAGAGGAUCAUCAAACAAAUCCUUUUGAUAAAUAUUGGAAUAUUCAGUUACCUCAAAAGCCUUCGUCGAGUGCUGCAACGAAUACAAGCAGCCUGUUCAAUAAUUCAUCAUUAACAAGCUCGAGUCAUCCACACGCAAAUUAUCGGCCGAAGAGUCUCGCUUCUUCUUCAUCUACCUCCAACAACCAAGAUCACAAUACAACACGUGUAAGCUCAAUGAAUAGCAACGCAAAUAGUGGAGAAGAAAAUCAAACUUUAAAAGUAUUACAAUCUCCGAUGGCUUCGCAAUUGCUCAGCCCUUCAAUUCGAAAAGCUAUUUCUAGUAUUUAUAAUGAAAAUAAUGAGUCAUCAUUUUCUGGUUCGUCAUCUUCAUCGUCAGCCAAGGACAAAGUUUCAUCAUCGAACCAUCAAAAUGUAAAUAAUACAUUUCACACCAUUCCUUCCGAAGGAAAUUUUUCAGAAACCAAUGAAAACAAUUUUAUACAUCAUGUACAUAGUACAUUUGGCACUAGAAAGAGAAAAAGUCAAAUUGCCAAGAGUUUAUUCACUGUAUUUGACGAUUCUGAAGCAAAUGUAGGCUCUUCAUCAACAGAAAAUCAAGCAACAUCUGCUACUUUUAAUGAAGAAGGAUAUGCCAAUGAGAAGGAAAAGUAUUUAUUUGGUGACGAUACUGAGGACGAAGAAAUUAUUAACGAGAAAAUACCUCCUACACAACAACAAUAUUUAUCAUCAUCAACAUCACCAUCAACUAGGCCAGACAAAUUUGUUUCACCCCUUAAAAAACGAAAAAUGACAACAUCCCUAAAUGCUACACUUGAGAAUGGUUCUCAAACAACGGUUAUGACGAAUCAAGACCGAGAAGUAACCAAUCAAGAUCACCUUGAUACCAGCCACUCUUCCCUCAACAUCUCUCCACCCCCAGUGGCUUUUGGAUCUGAAAAUGACCAUGCUGAAAAUAUUUUAUUCAGUGACCACGUGAAUGAUGCGGAAGAAAAACCCGCGUCACCACACCUUCUCGAAGCUGGACUUUAUACAGGUAGAUCUAGAGAUAGAAAAAGUAGAGUUCAAAAUGCAUACUUGGAGAGUAAUCCAAUGCAAUUGUCACCGAUAAAACACUCUGUGGAAAGAAAUCAAGAUUUUGCCUCCAGUCGCAUCUCACAAUCUCCACUUUUGAAAUAUACAAUACCGUCACGUGGAGCCGACAUGAACUUGAGCUCUUUUGAUGUCACUAACACUUCUGCUCUCAAUAUCAGUAUUAGGGAGCGUGACGAAAUUAUUGAUCAAUUGAACAAUGAAUCUGAAAAUGAUCGAAAGAAGAUUAGAGAAAUGAAAGUAAUUGUAGACAAAUUGGAGAGAGAAUUCACAUUUACGAAACCAAACCGAGCUUUACAAGAAACAAUAUGA